CCGGGGAAGGCAGGAGGGCGGCGGCGGCGCAGCGCCGGGAGGACGCGCGGCGGCGGCGGCGAGAGCGGCACCGCCAGGGACCCGCCCGGCUGGCCGGCGUUUCUGCUGCCUUCUGGGCCUGACACAGCUGUUGCCGCUGACUCUCUUCACUUCUUGCUGCUCCUGGCGUCUGGCAACAUCUCUUCUCUCAGAGCCUGCAGAAGUACAGCUGCAAAGACCCACAUGUUUCCAGUGGACUGAAAGAUUUUCUGCCGGUGUUAAGCCAGGGACUUGCAAAUCUAUGGCUUCCAGCUGAAGAAAGCUGAAGGAGAGCCAGCGGCGGUGGGUGUCUUAGAAGAUGGUCUCUCUGUGCUGGGCAGUCUCUCUGGCCUUGGUGGGUGCCUGGAACCCCAUGAACUGUGGCAUGAGGAAGAUGGCUCAGGGCCAUAUUGGAAACAACUCCCUUGGCAAUACCACUUGGUAACACCGUUUGGUUGUAGAGCUAGAAAGAAGCCUCAGUUCUGGCAUCCACAGCAAUUGAGACAGAAACAUUCUAACAGCAGACAGACGUCUGUCCUUUGGUAGUUGCACAGGUGGAGGGUAGUUCUUGUCGCUCUCCCUGGCACUAUGGAAAGUCUCAAUUCUCCCACCUUGUGUGUGGCUGGGAACUUCCCUGGCUUCCCGCACGACGGCAUGAUUCAGCGAGCCCGGGCACUCAAGAGCAAGCCCAGUGCCAACUGCAGGCGAAAGCGCGAGUUUAUCUCUGAUGAGAAGAAGGAUGCCAGCUACUGGGAGAAACGCCGGAAGAACAACGAGGCGGCCAAGCGCUCCCGGGAGAAGCGGCGUUUUAACGACCUGGUGCUGGAGAACAGGGUGAUGGCGCUCAACGAGGAGAAUGUGCGGCUCAAGACCGAGCUGCUGCAGCUCAAGUUGCGCUUUGGUCUCAUCAGCACGGCGGCUUUCAUGGAGAAGAGCCAGCAGCUGAGCACAGCCAGCCCAACCUCUGCUGGGCACUUCUACGGGGCCAGCGAAAACGGUAUGUACUCUGGCAUUCUGUCCCGGUCCCACCAUUCGGAGGACUCCUCUGAGACGGAGCAGUCAAGCCGGGACAGCAUCAGUGCGUCAGUGGCCAAAUAUUCGCCCCGAGGAUCCCUCUCUGAUAUGUCGGACGGUUCGUCACGGGGCAGCCCUGUGCCUCAGAUGCUUGGUGAAGUCCAGGUGGUCAGCCAGGCCUAUGGGGAGCCCCCCCUGCAGCCCCCUUCAGAGCUCAAGGGCCCGGUUCCUCGGGGCGUCAUCCUCUUCAGCGCCAACGGUUUUACGGCUGUGGCCCCACCCCAGCCUCUGCUUUCGAACCAAGAGGAGCAGGCAGAAGGCUGUGCUGUUGAGACGCCCAGAAGCCCCAGCCCAGCAAGCAACACCUGCUGCCAGCCGGAGGAUGCGCAAACUCACCCUGGCUACUGCCCCAAAUCCCAGAGCUACAGCAUGGCUGCUGGUUAUUUGGAGGGGGGCCUGGCUGAGGCAGAGAGCGAGCAGAAGACGGGAGAGCCCACCUCUCCCUUUGAGGGCUACUCCAGUGAGGAGAGUGGGGAGGAGCUCAGCUGGAGAUGCUCGCCUGCUCCCUUCACGGGGCUCCCGGAUGCCCAGCCUGACGUUAAGACAGCAGCUCUUCCACACAAGCUUCGCCUCAAGUGCAGGGCACACAGCAGUGGCAUUCAAGAGCUGUUCCCUGGUCCUAGCCCUGUGCCAACCGUCUGCUGUCCGGAGACCCCCACAAUGCCGGACUGGGAAAGUGACCGGCACGAGGAGAUGUCGGCCCUGGUACGGCAGGCGUUGCUUCUCAAGGAACAGCCUGCUUCGGCUGGGACUCUGGAGAGACUCUUGUGCCCUGCUGCUGUGCUACACCCAGACAAUUCAGUACCCAAGGAGCACGCCAGCGGGUGGGAGGAUGGUUGCCAUGACAGUGGCCUCAGGCCCACUUGAAGGAGGUUCAGGUGUGAGUUACGAUGGGAUUUUUGUAUUUUAUUAAAAUGGAGCGGAUGUUUUGUGCAAAAAAAUUCGACAGGUGAGUCUUGGAUUCCGAGCGUUCUCAGAUCCCAGGGUAAGAAUACAGUUAAGCAGGUGCGGGACAUGAAGGGCCUCUGGCUUGGUCGAACUUGAAUGGGGCCGAGCGAGAAGAGAGACUUGCAGAACUGCGCAGGGUUCUCCGCUCUGCCAGGCCGAGGAUUCUGUGCGUUGAAGGAAUUUAUCCCACUGGGCUCAGCCGCUGCAAGGCAUUGGUACUUGAGACCAUUUUGGGGAUUGGUUCCAAACGGAAACGCUGAAAAGUUGUCUGAUUCACCCAUUCCCAGAUAUCUGCAGCUGGGACAGAUGGUGGAUCAGAGACGUUUACAUCAUUCUCGGUGUCAGGAACACUUUUAACAGGAAUAUUUGUGUUUCAAAUAUUGAAAUAAAUGGA